AUGACCUUUGAGUAUUUGAUCCAGUUGUGUCAGAAUAAGAACCAGGUCUUCUCACUGCCUGUUGGACUCAAGGAUGUGCAAGGCGAACAUAUGACCUCAGAAGACAGUAUUCACAUGGUUCCUUUCCAGUUUGACCUCAUUCAGCUGCUCCCAAACUGUCAGCAGGUUGAACUUUUCUUCUUCACAUUCAGUGCAGUUGUAGAGAAUGAGGAUCAUAUUCCUGGUUCUCCCAGUCUGCCCAAUGAGCUCUUGCUCAGCCUCUUCCACAAUAGCCUUGAGCAAGAACUGAGUGACAAAGAAGUCCCGUUAGCUGAUAGCGACCAUACUGCCUUCAUACUUCACAUCUUGGGGAGAGAACGAGAUGGCCACUUGGCUCCGUUUUCUGCAGCUCUCAUUAAAGAAGAACGUAUGAAAGCGACAGACAAGCAGGACCCUGUAACAUCAUUCCACACCACCAGCAGCAGCAGCAGCAAGGAGAGUUUCAGUAAUACAGACCUUGUGGAUGAAGAGCCCUUGCUGUUGGAGAGGAGCUUCUUAACCCCACAGUGGAGAUGUUAUGCCAAGUACAUCAGCUCCCAGCAGCUGCUCCUUACCUUCCUCCCUGCUACCUUUGCAGAUCUUCUGAUGCUAAUGGCGCCACCAGAGGGAACUGAGCCUCAGAGUACUACCAGUACCCAGGAGGACGACACUCUGACUCCCAGCAACAUACAGGUCUGA